CAGUCAGCCAUUUCUCCCACACCUGGUGCGCAGACCGACUCAAAGUACAGCGCACUGUCUGAUCUGGACCAAUUGGCCUCGUUAAAUUUCAGUAACACAAUGGCAGCAGAUCCGGCACCUUUGAGCAUGUCCGCCAACCCCACAACAACAGAGAUGUCACCUCACUUGUUAUCAGGAGGUUCACUCACGCCCAUGGCACCAGCUGAUCUGUCGACUGUGUCUAUGGAACUCAGCGCAUUCAAACCAGCCAAGCAACCCCCCACAACCGUGUACGACCAGAAUGGCCUGAGAGUCCUAAUCCACAGGGCACAGGACACCAUCCAACCGAACACCCAGCCGUACAAUAUUUCCUUCAUGAACCAGAAUGGAGCUGAAAUAACACCCUUCUCAUUCCUAGCUGCUGUGCCGAAGGUGAUGCAAGUCAAGUUCCAGGCGCCCUCGUCGUCCACCCUGCCGCCCUUUGACAUGAUAAUGGGCCCUAAAAUGGUGUCACAAAUCAUGUUUAUUCACAAUCCACAGAAUGCGCCUGUCAAGCUGAAGUUCAAGCUUACGUUUUCGUACGAGGGCCAGGAGUACACAGAGCAGGGUCUACUCAGCUUAUAAUAUGUCAGGCCAGUCAAUAAUCAGCGAGCAUUUAGUAGUACAAAAACCCGAAUGACGGUAAUAAAAUCAAUGUAUAUCAG